UUGCCACCACCGCAUUUAGCGCCCCCUUUUUACAUCCCCACAACCUCCAUUCAACUCUUUGAUUCCUUCCUCAUCCUCUUCUUCUUCCUUCUUUCAUCAUCUCUAUACUUUCUUUGGUCAGAGACGACCUGUGACCAACUCAAACUUAGUCUUCUCACAAACAAACGCGCAUUCCCUCCCCCCCAUUUCUCCCUUUUACACCAAAUCUAUAAGAAAAAUCGACUCUUUCUCACGUCUACCACACACCCUUUUCGUCUUUUUUCAAACAAAGUUGCCGAUCUUGAAUUGCUGCUCUUACUUGUUGUGACAACCUCAGAUUAGUUUGAUAAGUUGGAGAUGAUAAUGGAAGGAUUUCAAGCAACCCCAGAUGAUGGUGGGAUAGCAAAGAGGCUUUGGGUCAAGUUCAAAAACGAAUCUUUAUGUGCUCUUUAUACUCCUUUUAUCGUUUGUUUGGCAUCUGGGACUUUAGAUUCAAAAUCAUUUCUUCACUGUAUCUCUCAAGAUGUCUAUUUUCUUCAAGCUUUUGCUCACGCAUAUGAGCUGGCGGAGGAUUAUGCUGAUGAUGAUGAAGAUAAGGAAGCUAUUCGUGUAAUGAGAAAGCGUGUGUUAAGGAAGCUUAAAGAUCAAGAUGAUCUUGUUCGGGAAUGGGGCUUUGAACUUCCAGAAGUUAGCACCUGUGACAGUGCCACAGUUAGAUACACUGACUUUUUGCUGGCCACAGCAGCAGGAAAAGUUGAAGGGGAGAAAGGUCGUGGUAAAAUUGUGACUCCUUUUGAGAAGACGAGACUUGCUGCCUAUGCACUUAGCGCAAUUGCACCCUGUAUGAGGCUUUACAGCUUUCUUAGCAAGGAGAUUAAGGCUGUUCUAGUCCGUGAAGAGAGCAAUAACAUCUAUGAGAGAUGGAUCGACUGUCUAUGUUCAGAAAGUUUUGAGGCAAAUGCUUCAAGGAUUGAGGACUUGCUGGAUAAACUAAGCGUUACCUUGACUGGCGAGGAACUUGAUGUUGUGGAAAAGCUAUAUCACCAAGCUAUGAAACUUGAAUUGGAAUUCAUUGCUUCUCAGUCAAUUACUCAAUCCACUAUAACCCCCAUUUCUCAAGUCCAAGAGCCAGCAGAAUGCAAUCUUACUCUGUUUUGUGAUUUUGACAUGACCUGCAGUGCUGUUGAUUCCUCUGCUCUUUUGGCAGAUGUUGCUAUCAUUGCAGCAGCAAAGACUGACCUGGAAGAUUGUGAAUCCCCAUAUGUUCAUAUUUCUGCAGCUGAUCUUCGGACUACUUGGAGCAAUCUUUCCAGCAAGUAUAUUGAGGAAUAUGAGCAAUGCAUAGAAAGCAUCAGUCCUAGUGAAACAGUUGGGAGGUUUGAUUAUGAGGGUCUGUGUAAAGCACUAGUGCAGCUAUCUAAUUUUGAAAGUAGAGCAAAUGAUAUGGUGGUUCAUUCUGGUGUAUUAAGAGGGUUGAGUCAGGAAGACAUAAAACGGGUUGGGGAGCACCUCGUCUUCCAAAACGGUUGCAAAAAUAUUUUACAAGAAAUUUUGGGACGUGAAAACAUGCAUGCUGAUGUUCAUAUACUGUCAUAUUGCUGGUCUGGAGAUCUCAUCAGAUCAGCUUUUUCUUCAGGGGCCUUACCAGAGUUACAUGUGCACUCAAAUGAGUUACCUUAUGAAGGAUCUGUUACCACUGGCGACAUGAUUAAGAAGAUGGAAUCUCCUAUGGACAAGCUUCAAGCCUUUAACGACAUCCUGAAGUCCCGUGAGAAUAAUGGCAAACAUACUACAGUUUACGUUGGAGGUUCAGUUGGUGACUUUCUUUGCCUGCUCAAUGCAGAUGUGGGCAUUGUGAUUGGUAUGAGUGCUGGCCUCAAGAGACUAGGCGACCAGUUUGGUGUUUCCUUUGUUCCUUUGUUCUCUGGUUUGGUAACAAAACAGAGAGGACUGGCUGAAGGUAGCUGUUCUGGUUGGACGGGGAUGUCUGGUAUUCUUUACACUGUCUCCAGUUGGGAUGAGAUACAUGCAUUCAUUUUGGGAUUAUAGACUUCCAAGUCCCCAGCUGGAGGCAUACGUCACAGAGAUCUGGGGGUCGGUAAGUUUGUCUGAAAAUAACAAGCAUUUAGAUAGGUUAUAUAUCAUCUAACAUGUGGCUAAUCGAAGUAGAUUCCCAUGUUGUCAGUUCUUGAUCACUUUUUCGUCGAGGACUAGUAGCCUGUGUCAAGUUGUACUCUAGUGGGUGUUUUUUUAUAGGGCCCAAGGCUUAUAGUUUGUUUUCUUUGUGCUACUCACCUCUAGUCCAGCGCAUCGGCUUCUUGUUUCUAGCAGGCUGAUUACUUUUCUCAAGCUUUUAAGAGAGAGAGAAGAAUGAGACUCAUUGAGGGAGUGCUUAUAGUGAAUUUUUUUUGUGUAAAUCCUGAAUGUGAGGUGAUUUUAUUAAGGAAUCUCAUUUUCAGGAUAUUGUUGCUUCACAUAUAUUUUUAGUUAAAGGCAACAUGGAAAUGUCAUUUGUUUUAUCAAGUUUGUUUAUUUACUUGUAAACUGAACAAAUUGGUUUGAACUAUUGUUUUUUGUUAUCA